AUGUCAGCGUUGCAUUCAGCAGUCACUACUGUAACGCACAACAUCCCGUGGAUCCUCAGCGAACCAGCCAUCGCCUUGAUCGGUCUGAAAUGUUACAACUCACUCGUUUACGACUUUAACAUCACCGACGUCGAGUGUCUCAAGUAUGCUCUAUCCAAGGGGCUGGGGUUUGGCAUUGUCCUCGGAGGUAGCAUUGUCAAGGUCCCACAGAUUAUGAAGAUUGUACGCUCCGGCUCAGCACGCGGUCUGUCGCUCUCAGCCUAUAUCCUCGAGACUGCUUCCUAUGCUAUCUCGCUGGCCUACGCUUCACGCUCGCGCUUCCCGUUCUCGACCUACGGCGAGAACUUCUUCAUCACCAUCCAGAACAUUAUCAUCACCCUGAUGAUCCUGCACUACAACAAACCCAAGGGCUCCACGUACGCCGGUCUUGGACGCUCUCUAUCAUCUUCACAUACCGCUACGCGCCGUAGAGUCGUGUUUGGCGCGGCCAUCAUCGCUGCUUCGUGCCUCUAUCUGUGGAACGAGACAUUAUGCCCCAUGUCGAUUCUUGCCAUACUGCAGGCCUGCACCAUCCCAUUGUCAUUACUCUCCAAGGCUCCCCAGAUUCUGGAAAACCACACCAACCGUUCAACAGGCAACCUGUCGGCGUUUGCAGUAUUCAGCGCGCUCUUGGGCUGCCUAGCGCGCCUCUUCACGACCAAGCAGGAGGUGAACGACCCGCUCAUUUUCUGGGGGUUUGCAGGUGCUGCACUGUUAAACUUCGUCCUCGUACUGCAGAUGCUCAUGUUCUGGCGGACCACAGACGAGCAAUUCGGCAGCAAGCACAAACUGUCGGGGGUCGCGAUUGCAGACCCAGGAUUUGGGUUAGCUGAGCGCAAGUUGGAUUGA